GCCAUGGCGGAAGUUCUCAGACGUCAGCAUGCUAGGGUUAAAGGAGAAGCCGCCCCAAGGCCCCCAGCACACAGGGAUGAGGGUUUGGGGACGGCGGCCGAAACGAUGACCGUGUUCAUCAAGCUUUUGGCCGCGGCUUUUUACGGGGUCAGUUCGUUUUUUAUCGUAGUGGUGAACAAGAGCGUGCUGACCAACCACAGGUUCCCCUCCUCACUAUGUGUUGGACUUGGUCAGAUGCUGGCCACAGUGCUUGUUCUUUGGGUUGGAAAGGCACUCAAGGUGGUUCACUACCCAGACUUUGACAGGCACAUACCUCGAAAGACUUUUCCACUACCUCUGCUGUAUUUUGGGAAUCAAAUUUCAGGAUUGUUCAGCACAAAGAAGCUCAACCUUCCAAUGUUCACAGUUCUCAGACGGUUCUCAAUAUUGUUUACAAUGAUGGCUGAAGGAAUGUUGCUCAAAAAGAAAUUUUCCCGCAGCAUUCAGAUGACAGUAUUUACUAUGAUAAUUGGAGCAUUUAUAGCUGCCAGUGCCGACUUGGCUUUUGACCUAGAAGGUUACAUAUUUAUCCUGAUUAACGAUGUCCUUACGGCAGCAAAUGGUGCCUAUGUAAAACAGAAGCUAGAUUCAAAGGAACUUGGGAAAUAUGGUGUUCUGUAUUACAAUGCAUUGUUCAUGAUUUUUCCUACACUUGCCAUUGCGUACAUCACUGGAGACCUCCAUAAGAAUAUUUUAAUAACUUAUAUUGGAAUGUUCUUCGGAGGAGAUUAUAUUUUCUCAUGGACCAACUUCCUGGGCUUAAAUAUCAGCAUUGCUGGAAGCUUGGUAUAUUCAUAUAUUACAUUAACAGAAGAGCAAAAGAGCAAACAGCCUGAAUCUAUAGCCAAGUUGGACAUUAAAGGAAAAAGUGCAGUGUGAUCAUUCGGACGUGGUACAACCUACGUAGGCAAAGCUGUGUAUGUGGAAUAAUUGCCAUAUACGUUCUGCGGCACUUCACUCUGAGCGGCACUAAUUUGCACAUUUUAUUAAAGAAACUUUAAUGCCUUUUUUAUACAUUUUAGACAUGAUUGUUCCUAGUGAAAAUUUUUAUUUAAAUUCUCAAGCAGUAAAAUGAGUAUUUUUAUAUUGUCUUAAUACUUUUUUUUAUUUUUUUCAUGUAAAUCAUACCAUGGAGUACAAUGCAGUAAACCUUUAUAGAACUAUAAAGUCUGUUACAGAGGUUGACCAUGGCUUGCAAGUUAUGUUGUGCAUAAUGUUAAGUGAGCAAUUUUUGUACCUCAAAUUGAAUGAAAAAUCCAGCAAAGGCUAUUUUGCACGCUGGAACAGGGAAAUAAUGUUUGUUUAAACAUUUCUGUAUCUACUCAUUGGCUUCAUGCAUUAUGUCCUUUAACUUUGGACAAUCUCUAGUUUAAAUGUAAUUCAUAAUGAAUAUAAAACCUACAUUUCAAAAAUUUUAGUUCCAGAAUCUUUAUUAUUGGACAUUGAGCAAGAAACUCUUUUGUGUCUAUGCAGGAUUCAUGUAAAUUGAAUGAAUACGUAACGUGUGAGACAUGGUCUAGUAGAGUUUAAGAGGGGAUAUUUUUAUCUUAUUAAAGUGACACUGGUGUAAAAAUUAAAAUGCUCUAUUGUCAGUGCAUUUUAUUUUACUCUGUUUAAUGCUCCUUUAAAUUAAUCCCAUUGCAGGAGUUACACUAGAUAUAUUUAAUCUAUCUCCCUCCAAUGGAUGCUGCCACUUUGGUUACUUCAGUUAUCUGAAGUAAAGUUGCUUCACAUGGGCAAACACAGUACAUUGAAAGCUAUAUUAUAAAAUGGCAGCACCCAGGAGUUGAGGCAGGAAAAACCCAAAUACUAAGCUUCUAAAAUGUAUUUAGAGUUGAUGUAACUUUUUUAAAUACAUAGCCAAAAGUGGGCUCCUGUGCAACUCUGCAGGGGGCUAUCAGUAGCAUGCAUAUCCCUGGCUGCAGUGCUCUUAGUGCAACUUUAACCCCUUUGAUGAAUUUAAACACAUUGUCAAAGUAGUUAAAAAAAAAAAUAAUAAAAAAAUAGAUGUAACAAAAUAAAGCACUAAAAUGUCCCUUUAAAAUUAUUGCUGCUUAUAUAUGCAUCCUUGUGAAUGCACAGUAGUUUUCCUGGGGAAAGCAGAAUCCUAUAAAAUCUCUAUUUUUUAAUUUCCUUUUUUGCAAUAGAUUAUAAUGGUUACAAAUUGUAUUUAAGCCAUAAAUAAACUGGUUGAAAGUUAUUUCCAACACGUAGAUAUUGAACUUGAAAUGCAAUGUGCUUUUUUUUUCUUUUCUUUCUUUAGAAUGGUAAUCAAUCUAAGGGCUAGAUUCAUUAAAGUGUACAAGGAUUCUAGUCGGUAAAAAAAAACGCUUUUUUUUGUUUCAUUAAGUGUUUCUCAUGCCUGAGUAGGGUCCAUAUAAUUACAUGUAUAUUGAACCCCCCCUCACUGGGGAGUAACUUCAUGUUUAGUGAAUCUAUCCCUUAGUCAUUUUGUAAUUUAAAUGAAAACUUUUUGUGUUUUCAAUGUGCACAAAUUCAAAUCAAAACAUUGACAUGUGAACCAUGUAUUUACAUUUCUAGUAGUUUUUGUCAUUUUGUACAUAUUACCUUGCUGUAAAAUUACACUAUAUACAUUAAAAAAAAUGUUAUGUACCAA